GGAAUAAGUUCCUAUCUAGGGUUUUUGCCGUAACCCUACCCUUUAAAAACUAUCUUCGCAGGCUUUCGUUACUCCUCCGCUUCUUCACCUCCUGAUUCACACUCUCAACACAGGGAGAGAGAGAGAGAGAGAGAGAGAAAGCGGAACAAAACGCUUAACCAUGUCUCUUGUAGCGAACGAGGAUUUCCAGCACAUUCUCCGUUUGCUGAACACCAACGUCGAUGGGAAGCAGAAGAUCAUGUUCGCCCUUACCUCCAUUAAAGGUAUCGGUCGCCGUUUCGCCAACAUCGUCUGCAAGAAGGCCGAUAUCGACAUGAACAAGAGAGCUGGUGAACUCUCGGCUGCUGAGCUCGAUAAUUUGAUGGUGAUUGUUGCAAAUCCUCGCCAAUUCAAGAUCCCUGACUGGUUCUUGAACAGAAAGAAGGAUUACAAGGAUGGGAAGUACUCCCAGGUUGUGUCCAAUGCAUUGGACAUGAAGCUUAGGGAUGACCUUGAGCGAUUGAAGAAGAUCAGAAACCACCGUGGUCUGCGACACUACUGGGGUCUUCGUGUGCGUGGACAGCACACCAAGACCACUGGCCGUAGGGGAAAGACUGUUGGUGUCUCAAAGAAGCGUUGAGUUUGCGGUUUCUUCGUGGGAUGUUAUUCUGAAAAUUUUUGGUCUUCACUUCUAGUUAAUCUAGUUUACCAUCCCCUACAAAGUACUUUUUUUUGGUGUUUUAAUUUGUCCUUUUUUCUUUUAUUUGGAGAUUUGGUAUGAGGUGACGGUAAUCAAUUAUAUGGUAGCCUUUUUUAUAAGAAUCGUUUAUAAUGUUAGUUACUCUGGCAAUGUACUAUUGAAUUUUUGUGAUUGUUUCA